CUAUACUCGCACUUCUACUUCCACUUCAAAACAGAAUCAAAUAUCCACUUUCUCUCUCUCUCCCUCCACUAGAGAAAAGCUUGAACCAAAGCAAAUUCAUAUUUUGAUUCUCCUUCAAUGGCUUCCAUGUCCACCGCCUUCCCCAAAACAACUCCUUUCCUCUCUCAUCCUCUCACCAAAUCCGAUUCCCUGAUCGCAACCACCGUUUCAUUUCCCUCCAGCGCGAGAUCUCGCAGCCUCCGAAGAGCCACCCUCCGCGUACGAUCCGCGCUGAUCGAGCCAGACGGCGGGAAGCUGGUGGAGCUUGUGGUCCCGGAGACGCGACGAAGGGAGAAGAAGCACGAGGCGGCGGAUUUGCCGAGAGUGAAACUGACGGCGAUCGAUUUGCAGUGGAUGCACGUGUUGAGCGAAGGCUGGGCAAGUCCGCUUAGAGGGUUUAUGCGGGAAGCUGAGUUCCUUCAAACUCUUCAUUUCAAUUCGCUUCGUCUCGACGACGGAUCCGUCGUCAAUAUGUCUGUACCUAUCGUUCUCGCCAUCGAUGAUGAACAGAAAGCUCUAAUCGGAGAAUCUAAACGUGUCGCGCUUGUUGAUUCCGAUGAUAAUCCAAUCGCUAUUCUCAGCGACAUUGAGAUAUACAAACAUCCCAAAGAGGAAAGAAUAGCUAGAACUUGGGGCACGACCGCACCGGGCUUGCCUUUUGCGGAAGAGGCGAUAACCAAUGCUGGAAACUGGCUCAUUGGUGGUGAUCUUGAGGUUCUCGAACCUGUCAAGUACAAUGACGGGCUUGACCGUUUCAGGCUUUCGCCAUUUGAACUCCGGAAAGAGCUUGAGAAACGUGGCGCGGAUGCUGUCUUUGCGUUCCAGCUCAGGAACCCUGUUCACAACGGACACGCCCUUCUCAUGACUGACACGCGCCGGAGACUGCUUGAGAUGGGUUACAAAAACCCGAUCCUUUUGCUUCAUCCACUUGGAGGGUUCACAAAGGCGGAUGAUGUUCCUCUAAGCUGGCGAAUGAAACAGCACGAGAAGGUGCUAGAGGAUGGUGUUCUUGAUCCGGAGACGACUGUGGUUUCCAUAUUCCCAUCUCCAAUGCUUUACGCUGGUCCAACCGAAGUGCAGUGGCAUGCAAAGGCUAGGAUCAAUGCCGGUGCCAAUUUCUACAUUGUGGGUAGAGAUCCAGCUGGAAUGGGUCACCCUGUGGAGAAACGUGAUCUGUAUGAUGCUGAUCACGGGAAGAAAGUACUAAGCAUGGCUCCUGGACUCGAACGGCUCAACAUUCUUCCUUUCAGGGUUGCUGCGUAUGAUAAGACACAAGGCAAGAUGGCCUUCUUUGAUCCAUCGAGGGCUCAAGACUUCUUGUUCAUCUCUGGCACUAAGAUGCGAGGACUGGCAAAGAACAAAGAAAGCCCACCAGAUGGAUUUAUGUGCCCCGGAGGCUGGAAAGUGCUUGUUGAUUACUACGAUAGUUUGAGUCUAUCCGGAAAUGCCAGACUCCCGGAAAAGGUUCCGGUUUAAGACAAGAGUAAACCCAUUUCUUUGUUUUGCUUUACUUUGUGUUGUAAAUUAAUAACGUGGGUAGUUUCUUAAAGAUCAACAUUAUGAUCGAACUAUCUUAUUCUAAGGUUUGGAAAAAGCUUAUAUGAAAAA